AUGCUGAAUGGAAAGGUGUGCCUCAAACAGCGUCAGCAGCAGCAGCAGCAGAAGGCAGCAGCAGCAGCAGAAGCAACAUUCGCAGCAACACAAGCAGUAACAGCGACAGCAACAACAGCAGCAACACAAGUGUCAGCAGCAACAGCCAUAGUCACCGUAGCACACGCAACAGCAUCAACAGUAACAGCAGCAGAAGCAGCAGCAAAAAUAGCGACAGUAGCAGCAGCAGCAGCAUCAGCAGCAGCAUAA